GGAAAGGGCGGCCCAGGCCCAUCCGGACCGGGGCAGUACAGCAGCGCCGCCCGGCCCCACAGAGCCCGGGACAGCCCACCCGACCCCACCACAGAGAAAACUAGUGAGCUCCUGAAGAGAGGAGAGCUCCUGCAAGAUGUAACACCCCCCUACCAGUUGAGGAGCCCCCCAGAAAAAGAAAAAGAAGUGGUGGUGGUUUGCAACAAACAUCAAGAAGGAUAUAAACUGUUCUGUGAGGAUGAAGACAGAGCUGUGUGUCCUGUGUGUGAGUUUUCUCUCCACCAGAGUCACAAAGUGGUUCCUGUAGAAGAAGCAGUCAGUGACCUGAAGGAGCAGCUGAAAUCUGACUUAAAGUCUCUGCAGGACAAGAGGAACAAAUACAAACAAGUGGAGGAAACAUACAAUGAAAUGAGGGAACACAUGAAGAAGCAGCUGUUGUCCACAGAGAGGCAGAUCAGAGCAGAGUUCAACAAGCUCCAGCAGUUCCUGAAAGAGGAAGAGGAGUCCACACUGGCAGCUCUGAGGGAGGAAGAGGAGCAGAAGGGGAGGACUAUCAGCAAAGAGAUGAAGAUGAUUGAGGAGCAGAUCUCCUCUCUGUCAGACAGCAUCUCUGCUGUUGAAGAAGAGCUGCAGAAACACAGCGUGCCAUUCCUCAGCAGUUAUAAAGACACUCAGAGCAGAGCCAGAGCCCAGAGCUCAGUGUCAGAUCCACAGCUGGUCUCAGGAGCACUGAUAGAUGUGGCCAAACACCUGGGCAACCUGUCCUUCAGAGUGUGGGAGAAGAUGAAGGAGAAGGUCCACUUCAGUCCUGUCAUUCUGGACCCAAACACUGCAAGUGGCUGGCUUUAUCUGUCUGAUGAUCUGACCAGUGUGAUACGUAGAGACACAAAGCAGCAGCUUCCUGAUAAUCCAGAGAGAAACACAAAUUAUGCCACUGUUUUUGGCUCUGAGGGCUUCAGCUCAGGGAAACACAGCUGGGAGGUGGAGGUGGGAGACCAUCCUGACUGGAAUGUGGGUUUAAUUAAAGAGUCAGUUGAGAGGAAGGGAGAGUGUUUUGUUUCACCAAAAUAUGGAAUCUGGUGUUUAUUCCAUCACAGUGGAAAAUACACUAAUGGUGAUGGUCAGACUGUGACAGUGAAGAAGAGUCUCCAGAGGAUCAGAGUCCAGCUGGACUAUGACAGGGGGGAGGUGUCCUUCUAUGACCCUGAAGACAUGACUCUGAUCUGCACCCACAGAGACACUUUCACUGAGAAACUCUUCCCAUAUUUUCAUGUUUGGAAGGCAGGAGACGCCAAAACCUCUGAAAUCAAAAUCUGUGAGAAUGAGAUUUGAUUGUA